AUGCUAAUUUCCAAGAUACUCAUUUCUGAGACAUUCAUUUCUGAGAUAAAUUUUCUCAGGAUAAGGCUAAUUUCAUUUUAUAUAACUAGCGAAUUACUAGCAAGUUGUUUAGAAAUUCAUGCAGAUGAUAUAGAGAUUUUUCAACUUAAAGCACUUUCAUUAAAUUUCCUAAGAAACACUUCUGAAAUAACUGAUAAACAUACCUCGAAACUUAAUCCUUGUCACCUUUCUUCUGGUGAGUAUCACAUAGUAUCUAAGAAUAAGAAUUUCAGAAAAAAAGACCUCUUAAGUGAUGAUACUAUAGAAGACGAAGAUUCUCUUGCAAGUCAGAGUGAAAAGAAAACUGAAGUUACUACGCAUGAUCAAGCGACAAGUCUAAUUGCGUAUGUGAAAGAAAUAUCAGAGCUAUCAAAUAUCAUCAAUGAUGCUGAAAAUAAUGCUGAUAGGAAUAACAAUCAAGGGGAGACUACUGAAACUAAUGAUGAGGAUGAGGGUUUUGAGGGUUCAAUCUCGCAGAAUUUAGCUCGAUUAUUUCAAAAAGCAAUUAAGGCUAAAAAGCGUUUUGAAAAAAGUGUUAAGGAUGUUAAAGAUAAUGAUAAGAGGGUUAAAAAUCAACAGGUUAGAAUUCAGGUAUAUAAUGCAAUUUUAAAACAUCUUUCAAAUAUUAUAAGAGAAAAUUUAUGUAAGAAGACACAGAAGGCAAGAAAUAUUUUCGAAUUAUUCAGUAAAAUAGGGAUUAAAAAAGUCAAGGGGGUUCAAUUCUAUAAUGCAAAUAAUUUUUCAAAGCUUACAGGUACUCAAAUCAAAAAUAUUAUAGCUCAUUUUGCUUGA